AUUUGACAAUAAAAAGCCGCCCGCGCCCAACCCAAAUCUAACCUAUGUCAGAAUUCUACAUUGAAUUAAACAAUACAAAAUAAUUUCUAUCAUGUAUAUUAUAAUAGGUCUCUUAAUAUUAGCUGUUAUAGUUGGUUUAGCCUUUGCCGUAUAUUAUUCAUCAGAGAAGCAAACUGUUUACACCGAUUUGAAAGGUAAACAUGUAGUUGUAACCGGAGGAUCCAGUGGCAUUGGCAAAGCUGCAGCAGCAGAAGCAGCCAGCUUGGGAGCCCACGUCACAAUUAUCGGUCGUGAUGUUAGCAAACUGACCGCUGCAGUUACUGAGAUAGUCGCGAAAUGUAAGGACAAAGGGCAAAAGAUACAAUUCGCGGCCUUAGAUGUAACAUCAGAUUACAACGCUAUAUCAAAAUGUUUGUCCGAAUUAGAAACUUCUGUGGGUCCAAUUUUUAUGCUAAUAAAUUCUGCCGGAAUGUGCAUUUGUGGAGAAUUUGAUAAAAUGAAGGUUGAGGAUGUUAAACAAAUGAUUGAUUUGAACUACUUUGGCACGGCAUAUCCUACUAGGUAUGUUUUACCUGGAAUGAAGCAGAGGCGCGAAGGGAUCGUCGUAUUUGUAGCAUCAGAAGCUGCAUUCCUUGGCAUUUAUGGCUACAGUGCCUACAGCGGUGGAAAGUGGGCAGUUCGAGGCUUAGCCGAAACUCUAUUCAUGGAACUGCUAGGCACAGGGGUGCGGCUGACACUGGCCUUCCCACCAGACACAGACACCCCUGGUCUGAAGAAUGAAAACUUGACAAAGCCUAAAGAAACCAUGCUUAUAUCUGGAAGUGGUGGGCUGCAGUCAGCGGAUAUGGUGGGCAAGAAGAUGGUCCAUGAUGCUAUGAUUGGAAGAAAGUAUUCAGUAUUUGGGUUCAGUGGUAACUUAAUGUCUCUCCUGUUCUGCGGUUCCAUAGACAGCUUGAGCCAAAUACUGGUGCAAAUAUCCUGCAUGGGGAUUCUACGGACCGUCAUGGUUGGUGUGUUGUUGUACUUUCACAAAAUAGUAUGGGAUGGCUUGAAAGAGAAAAAGGAGACUCGAAAGAGUAAAUAAGAUAAGUCUCAAUAUUAACAUUAUUAUACAGUAGGUAGGUAGUGGAGUUUCAAUGCUUUCAAUAGUCAGAAGUACUCCUGACAUUUCUAAUUUAUUUUGGUAUACAUAUUCACAAGUAUUGAUGUUAUUACAUAUUUAACCAUGUCAUAAUAAACUUUUAAGUUCACAUUUUAUUUAAUAUUUUAAAGAAGAGUUACUUAAUAAAACUAUUUUCACUUUCAUAAGUAUUCUUUAAUAUUGUUUAGUUUACAUAAGCCAGCCACUUACACACCUGCUGCAGGGCCGAUGUCGGACGCGUGAAUGUAGGAGCAAUUCUGGGAUUUCUCUACACAUAAUGUAACUAUUUUUCAGUGUUUGUGUGUUUAUCACAGAUCUUUGUUCCUGAGUUAAGGAUGUUUUUCAGUGUGAAGCUGUGAACAGAUGAAUUUAA